AUGUGCUGCAAUGGAUUCAUGUAUACUGAUGGAGAAGAGACAUUUGACUUACUAUGCAGUUCGAUUACUGUGCCUUUUAUCCAUGGAAGUCAUCCUCAUCCUUUACUCUAUUACAAUAAACGUGCUUAUGGUGAGUCUAAGAGAUGCCAGAGUUGCGGCAUUGGAAGCAGUCUCGUUCUAGGCUGUAUGAAAUGCAAUUAUUAUUUGGAUUUUCGUUGCGCCACUCUGCCAGUAACGGUAAGGCUUGACAGGUAUAAUGAUCAUCCACUCACUCUUUGUUACGGUGAGAAGGCAAGCGGCAAGUAUUGGUGUGAUAUUUGCGAAGGGGAGACAAAUCCAGAGAAUUGGUUCUACACCUCUGAUUACGGAGCCACUUUGCAUGUUUUCUGUGUACAUGGGAAUGUUAGGUACGCCAAACCAGGAGGAAAGAUCAAGGACGUUGAAUUGUGGUUUAACAAUACAUCUUCACGACCACUUUGCAAGAACUGUCAUUUCCGUUGCGCAGCUCCUUUUUUUCUUACUAAGGGGAACGAAUUAUUUUGUUCUUAUUAUUGUUUGCUACGUAUCCGAAUGAGGGCGUCCUCGAUUAGUUCGAUUGUUAUACGUCCUCCAUGGGUAUAUAUGAACCCUUGA